AUGGCUAAGGUUGUAUCUCAACCACCUGAGUCUGUCUCCUGCCAGACACAAGCAGUCAGUUCCAAUGUAGCUCCCGCACUGCCUCCUUGCCUUGUGGUGCGCCCGUGUCCUCUGACUCUUGAACAUCAGGCAUCUAUCACUCUUUCUCAUGCUGGCGGAGCCACUGUGGUGAACACCGCCUUCCCUACAGACCCAGGGUUGAAUCCAGACUUGACCGGGCUCCAGUCCCCGUUAUCCGUCAUGCCUUCUGCCAGUGAUCAAACUCCUAGGAUUUUCUUUUCGCCUUCUGACUACAAUCUUCCGGACUUUUCUGGCCCAUUUGGAGCCUUCCCUCCACCUGAUUCCCUGCAAGGCGACUCUCAAUACUCUCUUUCUGCAUCUACCGCGAUUCAUUCUCGUUAUCUGGACGUCGAAAGCCCUUCGGUGGGUAUCAUCGGCGUGACCCAUCACCCAACAAGCCCAUUGGAUUUAGAACCACAGAGCACCGCGCCAUGGUCACACUUGUCUGCCACUGAAGGACCAACCCCCCCUUUCCCCACCAAUAUCAGGACCGACGAAUCUGAGCAGUCUCGACAUCUGUCUACUCCCAACCGUCAACGUGCGGGUUCCUCUGCCAGUGGACAGGAAUCAGUCAGAGAUUCGGCUUAUUGGACUGGAUCACGAAAAUCUCAAAAUGAAGGUGAUUCUCUAAUAGAUCCCUCUGCAGAAACCAUGGAUCCACGGCCCUAUAGAUCUCAGUUGUUCACUUCUGGUCCUCGGAUCUCUGUUUAUCCUUCCUCGCACUCGACAAUCAUCCCCGGGGGAUUUUCCAACCCUCCCCCUUCUGAGUCGGGCCAGUCUGUCAGUCCUUUACCAAGGCCGGCUCAGAGACCGGCUCGUCUCCGAUGUCGUGAAUGCGAUUACCAUGCAAAGACGAGGUCAGAUCUCAAAAAACACUGCGCUCGACACCAACGAGAACAUAGAUGCACGUUCCCUGCAUGUCCACGCCAGGCAAAAGGCUUCGCUACCAGCAAUGACCUCGAUCGACAUCUGAAGUCGGUUCACGACGUCAACAACCGAAACACCAAAUAUUUCAGAUGCUUUGCGGAAGGCUGUCCGAGAUCAGCAAAGAAAUGGCCUCGUCUAGAUAAUUUCAAGCAACAUCUACAGAAAAUGCAUCAAAAAGAGGAUCAGAAACGACUGUUGGAAUUAUCUGAGGAGUGGUAUAAGCAAGAGGGAAAUCGGCAAGAGCGGAAUGAUGAGACAGAAUUUAAUUUUGUUUCAAACUCGAUGCUUCCUGCCGCCCCGGUGAGGUCUGUCACAGAGUCAUACCAGGCUUAUCAGGAUAUCUACCCGGAUCCAAGCCAGUCCUUCAAUCAGGGCAUUCCGAUCGACGGUCAAAUGAGGCGUUCCUACGGUUUCGACAAUCAAGCAGUGGACCCCAGUCUCUCUUCAAGCCCAAAUCCUCGCAUGGGCAUGGCUCAAGGAGUUCAACAUCAACGUACUUCCAGCGCGGCGGGUUCGGCUGGGCUGCAACGACAGUUUCCCCCCCCGGCUCCAAUCAACACCAGCAAUCUGGUCCCUCCAGGAAUGAUGAUGCAAAGGGCGAAAUCGCAAACUAUAUAUUCUCAAUCCCAGGACACGUCACAUUCCGCGAACAGUUUUAGUCCCGUUGGGGAUGCACAACCUUGGCCCACCACCCCUUGGGCCGGCAUUGAGCCCCCGGCGGCCAGGAACGUUCGGUCGUUGCCAGCCGCCAAGAGAAUGAAUAAUCCCCCCCGGUAUGCAUUCGCAAACAACCAGAUUCGAAGGGUCCAAGGUCCUCAUACCAUUGCCGAUCCUGUCCUGGACUCAGAUAGGAUGACAGAAUUUCAGUCUCCUCAGGAAGUCCAAUCUGCCAUACCUAAUGAGCUAGGUGGGCGACCAGAAGAUUACCUCAUGAACAUCGGGGUUAGCACUGCGCCAGAGAAUUCACCCCAUCAAGGUUUCAAGGUAAACAUCUUCCCUCCCGAAGAUGAACACAAACCCCCCAACACCGAAAUCGGGAAACUUCUUGAAGAUGAGAUCAAAACUUUUUUAGACGAACACGCCCUGAAAUCAGACAAAGCUAGGAUCCCCCUUUCUGCAGCAGACAUUGUUAGUCGAUUUCGAAUGACAUUACGGUCCUCUUUCGACGACCGGACCAGUGUUGGUGGCUCUUCGAUCAGUCGGUUCACAGGACCCGUCGAUUCUGAAACGCCUCGCGGCAAAGUAUGCCCCCACACCAAGAAGACAUACUUUCCCUGUCCAGUCAAGGGUUGCAACAAAGUCAAAAUGCGGCCUAGCGAGUUGAAAAAGCAUAUGCAUCGCCAUGAGAGACCCUUUGGCUGCACUUUUGAUAGAUGCAACAAGACAUUUGGCAGCAAAAACGACUGGAAACGGCACGAACAGGGACAGCAUGAACAACCGGAAUGCUGGCGCUGUAGCACGUGUCAUGAGGUCCUCUACCAUUCCGAGGAUAACUACAUCGAUCAUAUGCGUCGCACACAUCCCGAGUGUCGUUCAGAGGAUGGGAGGUACAAUGCAAGAAGGCACCGGAUUGCCAGAAACUACCAAGGCCAGUUCUGGUGUGGCUUCUGCAAUAGCAUCAUUGUACACCAUCAACACGGCGUGGAUGCCAUUAAUAUCAGAUUCAACCACAUCGCCGAUCACUUCAUCAAAGACAAGAAGUCCCAUCAGAGCUGGUUCGAACUUGGUGGAAAAGGGAAAACGAAACAAGUUCUGGCUGAAGAGCAACGCCAUUCGAACCUCGAAGAUGGAGAUGAGGGAAUGGAAAGGACUGAAGCAGAGUCUGACAGCAGCCAGUCCUCCUCCUCUUCACACAGCGACUCUUCGCCCGAACAGCAACCGUUUUCCCCACAAUCAUCGUCAGCGGUGACGAGUCCAAGUGAUCCUCGGCAAGAGAGAGUAGAAACUGGACUCAACGCUAAUCAGCUCAAAGCUUCUCAAACGAUGAUGGUUCAACAGAGCAUCAUAAAGCCAUGGCAGGGUCAAACUCAUCAUCAUCCAAGUAUGAGUACGAGUAACAAGAUGCCUGCUGAACUUAUUAUCUGCUGUCGUUGUGGAGGGCCUACUUCCUUUCUCAACAAAACAAAAACUUGUAUGGAUGACAGUUGCCUCCAUGAAUAUUGCCCAGAUUGUGAAGUGGCGAUACCAAAGUUCAAGAAAAAGAAAAAGAAAAAUGACGAGAGUAUCAGCGUCGCUCGCCAAGACAUGAAAUUGAUUGAUAUGUGA